AUGCACAUAAUACUCUACCCUCUCCGUAUCUGGGCGAAAGGAUGGAAUCGAAUUAGUACCUCUACUUCUAGUACCUCUACUUUUACAUCAACUUCUCCGACUAGCAUGUGGUUUCUGCCAUUUAGCCCUCAAGCUCCCACGUUUUCUUCCGGCACCGUCCCCACAAGCGUACUAGUAAAAGAGACCCAGCACAGCACAUGUCACUCACUGCACUUUGAGAUUAUUUUCCGGGGCGCAGGGAUGGAUGCACAUGCACACAUGGGGAAGGUCAUAUGGGGUUAUUGUGAUGGGCGGAUGCAAGUCGUCGACUUGAUAAAGAGGGAGGGUGAGGGUUGUAUUUGCGGUGGUUUGAGUGGUUAUUGA